GACUAAUAAAAGAUUUUAAAAUGAAAGUGGACUUAAUAGUUUUUAUAAAUAUUUUAAUAUUAAGCACAGUGCACUGUCAGCAAUGCAUCAAAAGUGCAAAAAAUAUGCAGAACCUGAACAUCACAAGAUUUGCAACUGGACGUUGGUAUGUCUAUAAAUCUAGUUUGCUCUAUGGACAACUUAAGGUGUCUUGCACUUACGGAGACUUCAAAAAUAGCACUUUCGGAAAAUUUAAUGUUAAUUAUAUAGUGCUGAAUAAAAAAAGAUCUGAUGUAAUUCCUUACAACAAAAAUCAGCUUGGAUUUGAUGCAGAUAUUUCAGUUCCAUUUCCAAUUUUAAAUUUGAAUAUCACAAUGACUGCAAAGUCUGUUAUUGUUGGCACAGAUUACGAUAAUUAUGGCAUAAUCUACGGAUGUGGGAAUCUCGGCUUUGUUACGGUUUCAGAGCUAUUGAUAAUUAGUCGUUCAAACUACACGCUAGAUGCAAACUCGACAGCAAUUGUAAACAGCACACUCAUUUCUAGUGGAUUAAAUAAAAUUGCACUUAAAACAUCGCCGGUCAGCAACUGUAAGAAUUAG